UUGCGAACCAACGCUCCGGCGCUUUUCCCGCAGAGCCCAACUAGCUUUCCCGCCUCUUCAACUCCAGCUCCACUCCACCCGCCGCUCUUUUCCCUCCAUUUUCCAUUCCUCCAACCCCCCAACCCUUGCUCCCCACUCUUUUCCCUUAUCCCCUCUCCCUCCCCCUUUCAACUCCCCCUUCAGAUCCUGAGCCGCCACCUCGCUCCCCAUCAGCUCGAAGCCAUGGCGGGACCUGGGGGCUGGAGGGACAAGGAGGUCACGGAUCUGGGCCACUUGCCGGAUCCAACUGGAAUAUUCUCACUGGAUAAAGCCAUUGGCCUUGGUACUUAUGGCAGAAUCUAUUUGGGCCUUCAUGAAAAGACUGGCUCGUUUACAGCUGUUAAAGUAAUGAAUGCUCGUAAGACUCCUUUACCGGAAAUAGGAAAGCGAGUGAGAGUGAAUAAAUACCAAAAAUCUGUCGGGUGGCGAUACAGUGAUGAGGAAGAGGAUCUGAGAACUGAACUUAACCUUCUGAAAAAGUACUCCUUCCACAAAAACAUCGUGUCAUUCUAUGGAGCCUUUUUUAAACUAAGCCCUCGUGGCCAGAGACACCAACUUUGGAUGGUAAUGGAGUUAUGUGCAGCGGGCUCAGUCACUGAUGUAGUGAGGUUGACCAAAAAUCAGAGUUUAAAAGAAGAUUGGAUUGCUUAUAUCUGCCGAGAAAUCCUUCAGGGCUUAGCUCACCUUCAUGCACACAGAGUAAUCCACCGGGACAUCAAAGGUCAGAAUGUGCUACUAACUCAAAACGCUGAAGUCAAGCUGGUGGAUUUUGGAGUGAGUGCUCAGGUGAGCAGAACUAAUGGGAGGAGAAAUAGUUUCAUUGGGACACCAUACUGGAUGGCACCGGAGGUGAUUAACUGUGAUGAGGACCCAAGACGCUCUUAUGAUUACAGAAGUGAUGUGUGGUCUGUGGGAAUCACUGCAAUCGAAAUGGCUGAAGGGGCUCCUCCUCUGUGUAACCUCCAGCCCUUGGAAGCGCUCUUCGUUAUUUUACGGGAAUCAGCUCCCAAAGUCAAAUCCAGUGGAUGGUCUCGCAAGUUCCACAAUUUCAUGGAAAAGUGCAUGAUAAAAAAUUUCCUAUUUCGUCCUACUUCUACAACCAUGCUUCAUCACACAUUUGUUAAAGAUCUAAAAAACGAAGGACACGUUGUGGAGACAUUAAGGAAGCACCUUACUGGAAUCAUUAAAAAGAGGCAGGAAAAAGGGAUUCCUCUAGUCUUUGAAAGAGAAGAAGCUGUUAAACAACAAUACAAGAUUAACAGAUUCAGAGGAUCAUCUUGUACUCAGGAGCUUCUGAGAAUGCCAACCAGCAGCAGAUGCAGACCACUUAGAGUGCUCCAUAGAGAACGCUCUCAGCCACGGUGGUUUCCUGACCAAGUAGAGCCACAGGUUCAGGCACUGAAGCAACUACAGGGUGCAGCCAGGGUUCUCACACCACUACAGGCUCCACAGGGGCAGGCCCCGGCACCUCCGCAACUGCACCAGGCAGCUUGCGUGUUCAUGCCACUACAGGCUCAGGUUAAGUUUAAGGUACCUUGGCCAUUACAGAUGCAGAUCAAGACACCUCCACGAUUCCAGAAGGCAGCCCAGGUGUUCAUGCCACUAUACUCUCAGCUUAAGGGUCGUAGAUCUGUACAAGGACAGGCCAAAGUAGUCAAAGAACAGCAGGCUGAGCCCCAGGCUCAGACUCAGGUAUCACAACAACCACAGGAUCUGGACCAGGUCCCAGAGGAGUUUCAUGGGCAAGAUCAGGUACCAGAACAACAGCAAAGAGAGGGCCAGGCCCCUGAACAGCAGCAGGGGCAGCAACAGGCACCUGAACAGCAGUUGGAGCAGAACCAAGUACCUGAAGAGCCAGAGUUAGAGGAGCAGGCUGCUGAUCCUGCAGAGGAAGAGAUCGAAGCAGACGAACCUGAGCCAUUACAAGUCCACGCACAGGUAUUCUUGCCGCUUCUGUCCCAAAACCACCAUGUGCUGUUGCCACUACAUUUGGAUACUCAGGUGCUUAUUCCUGUAGAGGAGCCAACUGGAGAGAUACCUCAGGCACAGUCCUGGGCACUAGAGCCCCAACAGAUACUUAGUUCAGUUCAGGCACUCAUAGAGAGACUAUCAAGAGACUUGCUUCAGGCACCAGGCGCACAUAACUCAAAGCCACUUGGUCCGCUGCAAACCUUGAUGGAAAACCUGUCCGCAAACAUGUUUUACUCUCAGCCAGAGCAGGCACGGAAGAAAAAGUCGAAGGUUUCUAGUCUAAGGCAAGCCCUGGUAAAACGACUUUCACCAAAGAGAUUUCGUGGAAGGUUAUCACGAAGAUCUGAAGAGUUUCAAGAUUUAGAGACCCUCAGAAGAAGGCGCCAAUACAGAUGGGAGGAUAUCUUUAAUCAGCACGAAGAAGAAUUGAGACAAGUGGCAAAUGACAAUGAAGAUGAGUCGUCCGACAAUGAUGAAGUACUUCAUUCCAUUCAAGCUGAAGUCCAAAUAGAACCAGUGCAGCAACACGUCGCAAAUCCUAUGGAAAAUGAGGUUCAGGAAAGAUCUGCUCCGAGGCCUUGCAACCAGGAUCGUGCACACCGUGUCACAUUCUCUCCAAGUAUUCCUCAGGAGGCUGUUUUGGAACAAGCUCCGAGACCCAUUGAUGUCAGACAAAGAAGUGCACCAAAUCCUCAGAAUUGUCCAGCAGCAUCAGAAUCAUCUUCUGAGGAGGAGAGUCCUGUGGUUAGGAGGAGGUCCCAGUCAUCCCCACCUUAUUCUACUAUUGAUCAGAAGUUGCUGAUGGACAUCCAUGUUCCAGAUGGAUUUAAAGUAGGAAAGAUAUCACCCCCCGUAUACUUGACAAAUGAAUGGGUGGGCUAUAAUGCACUCUCUGAAAUCUUCCGGGAUGAUUGGUUAAUGCCUGCACCUGUCAUUCAGUCACCUGAAGAGGAUGAUGAAUAUGUUGAACUCUAUGAUGCUGAUGCUAAUAGUGAUGGUGAUGAUGAUUCUAAUGAUGCUUAUGAAGAUACCUAUGAUCAUGAAAAUGAGAACUUUCAUUACCAAAUUGAUCAGGUUAAUGAAGCUAUGGAUGAAGACAGUAACGACGACGAUGAUCCUCAAUGGCCAAGGCCACGCUACAACAAAGGUGGAAGAGGUAGACUCUGCAAGCAAGGUGAUGGAGAGAGACGUUAUGAAAGGGAAGGAGCCUACAGAAACUAUGAAAGCCAUGGAGAGAGUGCAUCCAUUGGAGACCACGAAGGUAGUGGAAGAAGAAGCAAUAGAGAACGUGGAGGUAAGGGAAGCCGAGGAGCCAUUGAAGAGCGUGGAGCCCAUCAGUUCAGUGGAGGAGAACAUUGCUCAAGACCAGAUGUCCCACAAUUGGAGAGACCAGCAUCCCAGGAGUUUGACCAUCAACAGGAGGUGCCACGUGAUGGAAGUGAGGCCUCAAAUGCGCCGACUCCAGAACCGGACCAUGAGAAUGACACAUAUGCUGGAUUAGUGGAAGUACCUGAGGAACCUCCUAAACCACCCUCUGAUAUCAAUGUCAAUCCACUCUAUGCUUCAGCUGCAUCUGAGAAACCCAUAAUCCACAUGUAUGAAAAGGAAUUCACUUCGGAGAUCUGCUGUGGUUCUUUGUGGGGAGUGAAUUUGCUGUUGGGAACCCGCUCGAAUCUGUACCUAAUGGACAGAAGUGGAAAGGCCAGCAUAACUAAACUGAUAAAGAGAAGACCAUUCCGUCAGAUCCAAGUUGUAGAGCCACUCAAUUUGCUGAUUACCAUCUCCGGCCGUAAGAACAGACUUCGGGUGUAUCAUUUGACCUGGCUGAGGAACAAGAUUUUGAACAAUGAUCCAGAAAGCAAGAAAAGGCAGGAGGACAUGCUAAAGACAGAGGAAGCUUGCAAAGCUAUUGAUAAGUUGACAGGCUGUGAACACUUCAGUGUCCUUCAACAUGAAGAAACAACUUACAUUGCAAUUGCUUUGAAAUCAUCCAUUCACCUUUAUGUGUGGGCACCAAAGUCCUUUGAUGAAAACACUGCCAUCAAAGUAUGCGUUGAUCAAUCAGCAGACUCUGAAGGAGAUUAUAUGUCCUAUGAAGCCUAUAUACGAAUACUGGCAAAAAUAAAGGCAGCUGAUCCAGCCAACCGGUUUAAGAGACCAGAUGAGCUCCUUCAUUUGCUGAAGCUCAAGGUAUUUCCAACGCUUGGUCAUAAGCCAGUGACAGUUGACCUAGCUAUUGGCUCUGAAAAAAGCCUCAAGAUUUUCUUCAGCUCAGCAGAUGGAUAUCACAUUAUCGAUGCCGAAUCUGAGGUUAUGUCUGAUGUGACCCUGCCCAAUAAUAGUAUCGUCAUUCUGCCUGAUUGCUUGGGAUUUGGCAUGAUGCUCACCUUCAAUGCUGAAGCCCUUUCUGUGGAAGCAAAUGAACAACUCUUCAAGAAGAUCCUUGAAGUGUGGAAAGACGUACCAUCUUCUGUGGCAUACGAAUGUACACAGCGAACCACAGGAUGGGACCAAAAAGCCAUUGAAGUGCGUUCUUUGCAAUCAAAAGUCCUGGAAAAUGAGCUGAAGCGCAGAUCAAUCAAGAAGCUGAGAUUCCUUUGUUCCCGUGGGGACAAGCUCUUCUUUACCUCUAUCCUGCGCAAUCACCACAGCCGGGUUUAUUUCAUGACCCUUGGAAAACUUGAAGAAUUCCAAAACAAUGAUGGUGUUUAAAAGAUGAUGACAGCAUUUAUAAGCAUCAAAACUAGGCAAUUUGCCUCUUCAAAUUUCUGAGAUUAAAUAAGCAUUCAGGUUUUUUUUUGUUUGUUGUUGUUAGGGAGAGUAUAUCUAGAGAAGUUACUUAUAAUGUAGCACAGAAUAGUUUUAAUAAGAAAUGUAGCUUUAUAUAAGAUUAACUAUAGCAAGCUCUAUGGACUCCUAUGGUGUACAACUUCUUUUGCACAAACUUUGUAACUUUUGUUACUGUGAAUUCAAACACUACUCUUUGGUGAGUUUGGACACUAUCUCUAUCAAUAUUUUACAACCUGGUGUUAAGAAACCUGUUAGGAGUUUUAUUCCAAGUAGUUUUCAGAAGAAUUAAUCCUCACUGAAAAGUUUCAGGAAAAGAAAAUCAGUAACAAACCCUGUGUGAUGUAUUCAAAAUCAUGUAAAGAAACGAAGGUUAGAUCAUGAAAUGAAAAUAGUAAGGACUAUGCUGUAAAGCAGAGGGAUGUCUGCCUCAUUUAGACUAGAGAGAGAAACUACAGUGAUCACAGGGCGAGGGAAAAUAAGCAUUUGCCAUGGAGUUCAUUCUGACGGAUGAGCCCUUAUUUAUUGUCUGAAUAGAACUGUGUGCCAUAGGGACUGGUUGUUCAGAAAUAUAGAUUGCUAGGCCUUUUUUUCUCAGGCAUCUCUUUGUGGACUCAAACCUCCAACUUUUAAGUUAGCAUCAGAGCACUUUCGCAUCAGUGCCCCCGGGGGAUGCUCGGUAAAGCAAAAGGGCCACCAAUUCCUUUAACUUAUUUGAAGGACGGCCACAAUAGUUAAACCAACAGGUAGUGACCAUCUGUCUUCUUUUUAACUCACGUUAAGCUAAUUUUCUCCUGAUAAGAACCAAACCUCAUAUACUUAGAUUCCCUUAGAACCCCAAAGAUGUGCAAUAGCUGUUUUUACAAACCACCAAAUAAUACACUUGCAAGCACGUAUACACAUGUACUGUAGAAUAUUUUUUGUUUUAAUCCUUUGAAGUAGGCAUCAAAUUAUCCUACAAGGAUGAAUUGGAUUCUUAUCUGGCCAUCAGUGUGACUGGCCAUCAGCUAGCAUCGAGUAAUUGGCCUAAUCCCACAGUAAAAUAUAUCCUAUUGUCUUUAGUUAUUAAACAAAAGCACAAUGACACACAAUGUUGUCUGCUAAUACUUAUCUUUUUGUGUUUUGAUUUCUACAAAUUGGAGAUUUAACCUAAAGCCAUUUCUGAUAAAUUUAUAUAUAGACACUCAUUGUUACAGGCUCAAAAACGUCAAAGAUAUGGGGCAAAUCAAUUUUAUCACUUAGCUAAGGCCAUAGAAUUAGACUGGUAAUUGACAAGGAUGUUAGUAAAUUUUCCAAAUAACUUACAGUCCCCAUAGAUUGGUGGCGUUGGUCACCUAUGGUAACCGCUACCUGCUAAAAGGAAUCCUUCCUGCAGAUUCAUCCUCAAUACCAUGGUUAGUUCUGGGGCAAAACGGAAGCGGCAGAACUACCACCAAGAAUACCUCAGUCUAAUUCCUCUAGCUCUGCUUUUAAAUGUGGAAGACAGUGCCAGUGGGAUGAUCAUUUCAAACUACCUUGUUAACCAAAAUAAAAAGCAGCUAACUAUGUGUGAUUUCAGGAUAAUACAACAUCUCUGGCAGCAAAGGUGCCAGGAGAGAAGAUUUGGAUUUUCCUAACAACUUACAUCAAGUAUGGAGACUUUAGGAGAACCUGAAUCCGUGAUAUAAAGAAAUCAAUGUGAUUCACACUUCUGUUACUGUGACACAAUAAUGUGACCCUAAAACUGGCUUAGCCUUGAGUGUUUACAACUCGAAUGACUUUUUAAAUACUGUAGUUUAAAAAGGAAGGAGACUUUUAUGUUAAGAUUAUUUCUUUAGAAAUAGUCUUCAUUAUUAUAAAUUUGUACACCAAAAAGGCAAUGGGGAACUUUGUGCAAGUACCUCAUUGCUGAGCAAAUGGAGCUUGCUAUGUUUGAAUUUCAGAAAAUGUUCUCAUAUUAGUAGUUUAGAAUCAUGUAUUUUAAGACUUCUUUUUUUUCUUCAUAAUAGUUACUCAGAGUUAAGAUUCAAAAUUACGUUUAUAUUAAAAUCAUAUGAUUAAGGGCAAUAACUAUUUUAGUAAGUCAACUCCCAUUGUACUUCUGUGGCUGUUAUUCUAGUAAUCAUUGAACAUUGUUAACUGGAUCUACAAAGGUUUCUUCAAGUAGCCAAGCAAGAGAGAUUAUAGAUUUGUGACUACCUUUAAAGGAUAAGGUGUUAUUGAAAAAAGGAAGCUGGGUCCAUAUCAAGAAGGGUUACCCUAAGAUUAAAUGGCCAACCUGUAACAAAAACUAGCUGCCUUUCAAAUGAUUGCAAAUCAUAGCAGCCCCAUGUGUGGCAGAGUAGAACUGCAGCACUUGCCCUAACUGAAGACUGGCCAAAGAGCAAAAAUGGGAAAUAUUUAAAGUUAUUUGUAAUGGAUUUAAUCAGAAAUAUUCAUUUGGAGGCUUUAGCUCAUUUGCCAGCUGAUACUGGAAAGUGAAUGGCCAAUGCCAUUGCCCAGUCCCCACUUCGUGCUAGUACCAUCAGGACGCUCCGGCCCAGUGCAGAAGCAUGGGGCAGAUGGAGCCCCAACUAGCCAGUUUCUCUAGUCCUCUGAUUUGAAGCAUGAAAAGUUUGACAGGUUGGGAGAAGCUUUGGGGCCAAAAUUGCAGUUUGAUUUUAGUGCGAUUUAACUUUUUCACCAAAUCUUUUACCAAAAUGAAUUGCAUUAUUGAAAAGAUUAGAAAGAUGGAAAAUAAGGGUGCAAAGAGAUGAUAGGUAAAUUUGAGUGAUUACAUCUGUUGAAGUAAGGUAGGAUCCUGGGAGACAGGACAGGGAAAGAAGAACCGAUAGUGUUUAUUAAGAUAAAAUAGAUACUGCAGUAUUACACAAACAUGCAAACAGUACAUUAGAAUGCAUUGAUUUUAAUAUUUUUGGUGCCACAAAUUUCUAGCUAAAUUAGUCACUAUGUUCUACCAAGAGUCAUCGAAUUGAAGUGGGAUGUAUAAAAUAGAACUACCGCCACAUACAUCCAAUGGGAUCUUUUAAGUAUUCUUUUAAUAGUUUUUGAGAAAUGUGCCCAUUUAAAUAUACUCUUAAGUUUUCAAGAAUAUGCAAUUAUCUUUAAAACUGUUAAUCAUUUCAUCAGGAAUUAUUCAAUGAGUCAUUGUUCAUCUUAUAAAAAUAAAAAUUUUAAAAAUUA